ACAGCACUGUUCCUGGCUUGCCAGAAGGGCCAUUUGGAGGUGGCCAAGUUGCUGCUGGCUUGCGGGGCGCCCAUCAACGGAGCAAAGACGAGCGGGUGUGCACCGCUGCACACAGCCGCCAUGAAUGGCCACACCGAUGUUGUCAAGAUGCUCAUUGAGAAGGGGGCCAACCUGGAGGCGGCUUUCAGUAGCGGCGCCACGCCUCUGUACAUCGCCUCGCAAAACAACUUUGCUGAGUGCGUGGACGCGCUGAUCAAGGCGGGCGCCAACAAGAACGCAUCACGCAAGGGUGGCUACACGCCCAUCCACAGCGCCUGCCUUGCGGGGCAUGUGGAUGUGAUCAAGAUGCUGGUGGAGGCGGGCGUUGACAAGGACCUGACGCUGGAGGACGGCGCUACCCCGUUGUACCUGGCUGCGGAGAAGGGCCAUGUGGAGGCGGUCAAGUACCUGCUCUCAGUGGGGGCAGACAAGAACAAGGCGGAUAACAACGGGAAGCGGCCCAAGGAUGUGGCCAAGAGCGGCUCCGGCGUGCCAUCUCUCCUAUAAUAAUGUGCUUAGGGAUCAAGAGCCCGCUGGAAGUGGUCCUGGUCCUGGUCCUGGUCCUGGCCAAGGCCAAAGGGCUUGCUAUUCAACACCGUCCCUGGGCUAUAGUGGGUCCUUAGCCUUCCGUCUCACUGUCGCCAUUGUCGCCAUGAUCAUCGCCAUCGUUGCCGUUAUCGUUGUGGGAGAUCAACCUGGGCCGGCGUAACGAGGGGGUAUGAAAACCCGAAUCCCUGAACCGUGCCUUGGCGCACAACGGACGCGUACUGUGUUCGAGGAGAUGCACCGCUACUUGGGCGUGUGACGUGACGUGGCGUGUCAGUGAUGUUUUCUCUUACAACAGAAACUUUAUUUGUGCAUUUUGAUGCGGUUCAUGUGCGCUUUAUAUUCCAUCAUGUGAAUCCUCAAAUUAUUUCGCAACUCGCGUGUAUGCGCAUAUGCUUGCGGGGCGCGCCCUUUUGCGUUCUCUGUGACGCCAAGCCUGUGGAUAUGGCUCUGCAGCUGCAUAGAGGCAGAAGUGGGUUUGUGGCCCGGAUGUGGUAGUGGCACCCCGGCCGGGGGUCGAAGGCGAAGGGCAGACAGUGCGGGGCAGAUAGAUACGGUGCUUAUAUGCUUCCUGUGGCGCGCUGUGCGUCCUGGCGGGGUGGGUUACUGGUGGUGGUGUGCUCACGUCACGUCGAUACCCCACAGGGGCAAGGGCGGACAAACCCCCAUACUAGCCGGCAGGUGUCAUGAGGGGCUUAAAUGUGAUUGUGAUUGAAAAGUUCCGCUUCGUCGCCUCCCUGGUCAGGUCGGAAGGAUGUCGGAGAUGACUGAAGCACGGCAGCAGAGCAUGUCUCCAAAAUGGGCAAGAGCGCAUCACAUGACGGUGGCGAUGGUGGUGGUGGCGGCGAGUACACAGGAGGUGCUCGCGUUCGCGACGUGUGCGUGUGUAUAUAAAUUCGUAUGUGCGUGUGCGUGCACAGAGCAUUGCGAGCGGGUGGGCGAGGGGCUCUUUGGAGUUUGGAUACGAAUUUGCUGCACAUAUGCCGGUGUACGCGCGCGAAUGCGUAUUUGUGUGGGUGUGGGUGCCUGUGUGUGUGUGCGCUCGUGGAGGGAGGGGGUUCUCGCACCCCCGCCACGGGUAAUACACACACGCGCGCGCAGACACACGUAAAUGGCUCAUAUACAUAUUCACGCCGGCCUAUUGAGGUUAUCCUAAUCUGCGGUAUAUUACCCCAAAACGACCAACCCGCAAGAACAAGUCCAGCACACGGCGUUUGUCCUGACCAGCCGCGCUGGUUGCGCAUUAUGAUGUUUAUUGCUGUUGCGGUCUUACGUUCACCAGGGCUUGAUGUAAGCGGUACAUAUACGUGUGGGUGGGUGUGCGUGUGCGUGUCUAUUUAGGGAAACAUCCAUAUGCACGUCUUGUGUCUUUGUGUGACAUUUCGCCGCGCAAAUAUCUCCCGUACCGUACAUUUGUAUGCCAUCCGUGGAUCACGUGAUCAUAUCACGUGUAUGGAUUCGCACGAAGUGUUAAUACGUGCGGCGUGAGGAGAACGCCAGGCUGGCUGGCUGGCUGGCAGGACGACAGAUAGCCUUUAUUGCGGUUGCGGAAUUACCUAUUUUCUAUCGCAUUUUUACUUUGGCCCUCAUAUGCCUAUAAAUGCGCAUCUUCU